ACAUCGAAGACAAGUAAGAGACAUCUCUAAUUUUCAUCUUUCAAAAAUAUUUUUUCUAGCAUGACAUCGAUGGGUAUUAAAGUGAUCUUCCAUCUUUCACACCGCAACAUUUGGUCUCGUCUACCCUUGUGUGCGGACGUUCCAGUUUGUUCCUUUCCACCACAUAGCGGGUAAACCAAGCAGUUACCAGUAAACCGACCCAGAAAGAUGGCCAGCUUCAAGCCGUUUUUUCUCCUGUUGGCUUUGGGCACCUGCCUGUUCUUUACGGAGGCAAAACCGAGGCUGACUCGAGAGCUUGGCUCUCUGUAUGACGAUAUCCUUACGAGAGAAUUUAAAGAUCUUCUCGAUGAGAAGCUGUUUGGCCAACGAAUGGCGCCAUCUGACGUAUGGGCUAUGAAACUACGUCGAUUUGCCCGCCACUUCGACCUUGACGGCAACGGCGUAGUGACCAAAGACGAAAUCGUUGGGAAGACAGUAGAGGAAGCAAAGAAUUCGCUAGACACAGAAACGGCUGCCGAAGUGGCCGACACUGUAGCUGAGGCAUGGAAGGCCCUGUUCGGCAUGCCUGAAAAUGGACUAACGAUCAGUUCCGAUGAUAUUGUGAAGACAGCCGACAUGGUAUGUGGCAAUGAAGACAGGAAGAGGGAACUCAGAAUAUGGGCAAGAAACGUCUUUGAAGAGGCCGACACUAACCACAACGCCGAACUUAGUCGAUCCGAGCACAGGCUCUCAUUUGAGAUGCUCCGUGUUCCCCCGGCUGGUCUCGAGGCAUCCUUUGUCGCCGCGGAUAGAAACAAUAAUGGCUCAGUCGAAAAGGUUGAACUUGUGGAUGCAGUUGUAGAUUAUUUUUGUAAUAAAUCGCAGGAUUCCCCAUUGUUCGGGCAAUAGGUCUCAACUGCCUCUUCCAUAUCAGAUAUUUUACAGAGAAAAAUCUAUACAGUUCAUGG